AUGGAAGGUUUUGAAAUGAAAUAUAAUCUAGUAGUCCUAGCAACGGCAUUGGUGUAUUUCCUUGCUGAUUCUGUUGCUUCACCGCAAGGACUUCUGAAGACAUUUACUUUGGAGGAACUGGUGCCUCUGCAACAUGAGUUCUUCCCUGAUAGAGUGGCUGUACAAUGGAUAUCAGAUACGGAGUAUAUUAUAGCGGAACCAGAUUCAGUAAAUAAAUAUGACGCCAUUACCGACACGUACAGCACAAUACUGGACAAGAAGGAAUUGCUCAACAUGAGUCAGUUUUCUGUGUCCUCAUUCUCAAAUGAUCAAAAAUAUGUACUGCUAGUACUUACACCAAGUAGAAAGAAGAUUUAUAGAUAUUCAACAUUGGCUGAAUAUUCGCUGUACGAUCUUGAGAAGAAUAAAAUCGCUAACAUCGCCCACGGACCGCUCCAAGUUGUUGUAUGGGGCAGUGACAAGUCUUUAGCGUAUGUUGAAGACAACAAUGUGUACUAUAUACCUGACGUAGCUCAACCUGAUGUUGUGACAGCACUGACAAAAGACGGCGUCCCAGGAGAAAUAUAUCAUGGUGUUACAGAUUGGAUUUACGAAGAGGAAGUGUUUAAUGCAGCGGAAGCAAUGUGGUUUUCACCUCAUGGGACCUACUUGGCCGUAGCUACCUUCAAUGACACUCAAGUGGAGUCCGCCUUAUACCCCUACUACGGGGAACCGUCCGAUUUUAAUAGUCAAUAUCCUUUACUCGUUCAUUUUAAAUACCCUAAGGCAGGUCGUACGAAUCCAAAUGUGCAACUGCGUGUGUUCAAUCUCAAUGAUACGUCCAGUGAGCCGAUGAUGAUUCCAGCUCCUGUAGAUAUUGUGGGCCUUGAUCACAUUUUGGGAAGGGUUAAUUGGGCUACUGACCAAAAUCUCGUCGUCCUAUGGCUUAGCAGACGACAGAGUGUCAGUGUUUUAGUAAACUGCAAUCUAAAAGAGAACAAAUGCAACAUAGUGAAACAGCGCAAUGAGCCUAAUGGUUGGAUUGAUAUCAACGAACCGUUUUUCGAUAAAUCGGGAAAGAAAAUGUUAGAAAUUCAACCCAUGCAUUACGAAGACCAGAGGUUUAUGCAUGUAGCACUUUUUGACUUUGAAACUCAAGAAACGACCGAUUUGAGUCCAGGAAAUUCCACAGUUACCGAAAUAUUAGGAUGGGAUCAGAAAUCAGAUAUUGUUCUGUAUAUCGUAUCCCCGGGACAUGAACCUUGGCAAAGACAACUGUGGGGUGCCUCUAAAGGAAUAAAUAGAUGCAUUUCGUGCACCAAACCGACUUGUCACAACGUUGACGGAAUGUUUUCACCAGGAGGUAGCUAUGGAAUCGUAUCAUGCAGUGCCGUAAAUGUACCUCCAGUUACAUACUUUUUCAAGAGCCAGAAUAGAGGAUUUAAGAUAAUAACGGAAAACUCGAAAUUGCUUGAAAAAUUGAGUCGGUAUAAGAUGCCUUUGGUCUUAUUUAACAAAAUAUCAUUAGAAGAGGAUACGAUGGCACAUAUCAAGUUGUUGUUGCCACCUGAAAUGAAACCAGGGAAGAAGUAUCCUAUGAUAGUGAGGUUAUAUGCUGGACCUGGGACCACUAGAGUCAAAGAUACCUAUGAUCUAGAAUAUUACAAUCUUUAUUUAAGCGGCAAUCGUAGUUUCAUAGUAGCGUCGAUCGAUGUAAGAGGUUCGGGAGCGAUGGGUGUGGAGGCGAUGCACGCCCUCAACAACGCUCUUGGGACUGUUGAAAUUACCGAUACUUUAACAGCUAUCAGACGACUAGUGAAUAUGUAUCCGUUCAUCGAUACCGAGCGUAUUGGUGCUUGGGGAUGGAGUUAUGGUGGUUACGCUACCACUAUGAUGUUGAUAAGAGACCAUGACAAGAUAGUAACGUGUGGCGCUGCUGUCGCUCCCGUUACUUCGUGGCUAUAUUAUGAUACAAUUUACACAGAGAGGUAUAUGGAUACGCCUCAGAACAACCCAGUGGGUUAUGAAAACUCAGACCUGAUGAUGCAAGCUGAAAAACUUAGAGACCGUCGAUAUCUUUUAGUUCAUGGUACUGGUGAUGACAAUGUUCACUACCAACACAGCUUGCAACUAGCGAAGGUGCUACAAAGAGCUGACAUAGCGUUUGAACAAAUGAGUUAUACUGAUGAAAAUCAUUCUUUGAGAGGUGUGAGUCGACAUUUCUAUCAUACAUUGGAUCACUUCUGGUCGGAGUGUUUUAACUUAUAA